CAAUAGGGAAGAGCCUCAUUUUGGAAGUAGUAGGCUGGUGCUAGCCGGGUAGCUAGUUUGCUAACGAGAAAGAAGAUGGAUUCUCCAAUACUGGAACCUUCCCUGCACACAGUCAAAGCUGUACUGAUCCUGGACAACGAUGGAGACAGGCUUUAUGCCAAGUAUUAUGACGACACAUAUCCGACAGUGAAGGAGCAGAAAGCUUUUGAGAAGAACAUAUUUAACAAGACUCACCGGACAGACAGUGAGAUAGCAUUACUGGAGGGCCUGACUGUUGUGUACAAGAGCAAUAUAGACCUGUUCUUUUAUGUGAUUGGAAGCUCACAUGAAAAUGAGCUGAUGCUUAUGGCUGUUCUAAAUUGCCUUUUUGAUUCCCUCAGUCAGAUGUUGAGAAAAAAUGUUGAGAGGAGAGCUUUGUUGGAGAACAUGGAGGGACUCUUCUUGGCUGUGGAUGAAAUUGUGGAUGGAGGGGUGAUCUUAGAGAGUGACCCACAGCAAGUUGUGCACCGCGUGGCUCUCAGAGGUGAUGACGUACCUUUGACAGAGCAGACAGUCACUCAGGUGCUUCAGUCUGCCAAAGAACAGAUCAAAUGGUCACUUCUCCGAUAGUUGUCUUUACGCCAGCGUAACCAGUGAGCCGCUGCUCGGCACAGACCACAUGGCACUGAUCUCCUCAUCUAGCCUACAUUUGAGUCAAAGCUGUAGCAGUGCAAACGGCUAAUCGAGUCACUCUUUCGGACUUCUACUUUCUGAAGUUUCCUUUUUCAUAUUUUUUCUUCUGUCUUUCUGCUCUGUUUUUAUUAUCAAAGAGGCUAAAAUGUGUACAUUCCAGUAAUGACUGGCCUGUUUUGUUGAUUACUUUUUUAAUUGUUUUUUUUUUUUUCUUCCAAAAACGUAUCUACAAAUGUGAUACACUGAUAGACAUCAAAACCUCUGAAACCAUUCCAUGUACCACUCUAUUCAGACAUAUAACCCUUUGAACAGCACGCUGUCGUUCACAGAUCACUGUAAAAAAAUAAAGUUGUGUUAAAUUUACAUUUGUUAAAUAUUUGCACCCAGUAUUGCAUUCAUUAUAUGUUAUAUUUCCUAAAUUGUUUAACAUUUGUUACUUUUGUGUGCACUGUUAUGUUUUCCAAAGUGUUACAAAUGGUGAGGAAAACAUAAAGCUUUAUAGCUUUACAUGGAUUUAAUGUUUU